AUGGCCAAAGUUUUCUUAAAUCAAGUGUUUAAGCUGCAUGCGUUACUGGCUUUUGACAAGGUGUUCACAAGUAAUUUCUGGAAGGACCUCUUCAAGGAAUUAGAUCAUCUACCAAAGAAGUGGUUCCAGUGGAUAUCCUUAGCAAAAUGGUGGUAUAAAAACAAUUUGAAGAUGAAACCCUUCAAGGUCCUAUAUGGAUACAAUCCACCACACCUAGUAUUUUCAGCUAUAGUAGUCACUUUAGUUGCUGCAGUAGAGGAUUACCUAAAGGAAAGGGAUGUUAUGCUUGAUAUCCUUAAGGAGACAUUACAUAAGGCUCAGGAAAGAAUGAAAUUCUUUAAUGACAAGAGAAGGAUGGAUAGAGUUUUUGAAGUUGGCGACAGAGUUUAUUUAAAGCUACAACAUUACAAACAAGCAUCUGUAGCAUUGCGCAAGAACUUCAAACUAUCUGUUAAAUACUAUAGUCCAUUAACUGUCCUACAAAAGAUUGGAUCACUAUCUUACAAUCUUGAUUUACUAGCAAGUGCCAGAAUUCACCUAGUAUUCCAUGUCUCCCAGUUGAAGAAACAUAUUAGUCAAGCUCAUCUCCCUUCAUUAUCUCUACCCAUAGUGGAUUAUGCAGGACAAAUUAUAAUGCAACCUGGACGCAUCUUGGAGUCUAGAACAGUUAUUAGAAAUGGAAGUGGGGUAUUGCAGUUGCUCAUUUAG